UUACAAAAAGGGAGGAUUUGGUGUUCAUAUGGAUUAGUAGUUUAGACGCAUAGCGCCUGUAGUAUUAUUAUAAUUUGUGAGGGGUAAGAAAAUCAGAGAAGUUAAAAUAUGGUUUCUGUCCUUCCGAAGAGGAUAAUAGUGAUGCGGCAUGGGGAGUCACAGGGGAACCUAAAUACAGCGGCUUACACUACCACACCCGAUCACAGCAUUCAGUUAACGGCGCAGGGCAUGACCCAGGCCCGCCACGCCGGCGAGCAGCUCCGCCGCGUGAUGGGCGGCGAUGGGUGUUCUCCUGACUGGCGGGUACAAUUCUAUGUGUCUCCCUACGGACGCACCCGAUCAACGCUCCGCGAGCUCGGACGGCAUUUUUCGAGAAAGAGGAUAAUCGGCGUGAGGGAAGAGUCGCGGGUUCGAGAACAGGACUUCGGAAACUUUCAGGUGGAAGAGAGGAUGAAGGUGAUAAAGGAAACACGUGAACGUUUUGGAAGGUUCUUCUAUCGCUUUCCCGAGGGAGAGUCCGCCGCUGACGUUUUCGAUCGCGUUUCAAGUUUCUUUGAAUCUCUGUGGAGGGACAUAGACAUGAACAGGCUUCGUCAUGAUCCUUCCAAUGAUCUGAAUUUCGUAAUUGUUUCUCACGGUCUGACAUCGCGUAUUUUCCUUAUGAAGUGGUUCAAGUGGACGGUUGAGCAGUUUGAGCACCUAAACAAUUUUGGCAACUGCGAGUUCCGCGUUAUGCAGCUUGGAAGUGGUGGAGAAUACAGCUUAGCUGUUCAUCACACAGAGGAAGAAAUGCUAGAAUGGGGACUCUCUCCUGAGAUGAUAGCUGACCAGAAAUGGCGCGCCACCGCGAUCAGGGGUGACUGGAAUGAUCAGUGCCCCUGGUACCUUGAUGCUUUUUUUGAUCAUCUUCCUGAUGAUGAUGCUGUGGAAAAUGAAGCUGAAACUAAUUCUUUAAGUGUAUGUGCAUAGCUUGCUUGCUUCCCAUAUGGUUUAUGGGUUCAUUUUUAACACUCCAUUCUAGGUUGAUUUUUAUUUUUAUUUUUUUAAUAAUGAUAGCAGAAGAAAUUUCAAUAGAAUGAAAAUGGGGAAAUCAAGGGGAAGGAAACUAGGAAACUAUGGCUUUGUAUAAUUGUAUUCAAGCUUUUCAUGUUUCUUGUGGGUUAUUCGUUAUAAUUGCAAAGCCUGCAUUAUCAUUGUUUGCAAAAGAUUGUGAUGGCUCGCUCAUUCUGUUAUGUAUCUCUUGGUGACAAAAAAUAGCCUGAUACUUCUAUUACAUUAAAUACGGUUUAGCUUUA